AUGAAUGCACUCACAAUUUUUGAUCAAGCACUUAAAAUAAAUCCUUCUGUUAGAUUAGAAUAUAAAGGUAAAUACAACUUUAAUUUCUAUUAGCUGAUUAAUUAUUUGAAUUACGUAGAAGUUCAGAAGCUAAAUACUUUUANAAUAAAGCAAAAAUUUAAGAUGAAGAAUUUUUCAGCUUUUGUUUGAAAGGUGUUCUUUCAGAAAAGAUGAAUCAAAGGAAAGUUGCAUUUUGGAGGGAUGUAUGA